GCUGCGCGAAAAUGAGAAGCUGCCCCUUCAGGCGAGUUGCGCAGGUGACGUUGAGAAGUUAAAAAUUCCCAUCGUGUUGCUCCUCCGUCGUCGCUUUUUUUUUUUUUGUUCCAUUUGGGCUUAUUUUGGAUUCCUUUCCCGUUUGUUACUUCUUCCCGUUUGUUACUUCUUCCGGUUUGCUACUUCUUCCCGUUUGUUACUUCUUCCGGUUUGCUACUUCUUCCCGUUUGCUACUUCUUCCCGUUUGCCGCUCCUUCCCUGAGAGGGCAAACUCGAAGUUCCUUCCGCAGGGUUUCCCCCCCAAUGCCGACGUUGCUUUUAAUUUUUUAAAGGGCACAGGGGAGAGGCGCACUUUGUGGAUUUUUCCCUCGAGGGUGACUUGGCCAAAGGGAGAAGGAAGCCCUCCCAGUUGGCAGAGGCAUAUGAGUUAUACGUUCCACCCGUUUACGCGUAUGCGGCGAGGCGAAGCAGCGAUGAGGAGCGAAGAGGCACGCAUGGGCGCGCCAGCAGUGGAAGCAACGCGCAGGAGCAGCGACGGUGAAGACGACGUGGUGACAGCGAAGGGGUGAAAAAAGAAAAAUGUUUUCCAACGCGAUAAAGCUAGAAAACCUGAACGACUACUACAACGAGGAGGAGGAAUGCAUCAAGCCGUUUCUAUACAAGUCGCAAGUUGCGAAUGAGGAUGACCUGAGUGAGCCAAACUUAAUAAACAUAAAAAAGAAGAGUAAAGAGAAAAAAAAAAAGGAAAGGGGAGAAAUAUCUCUGACUGACUGCUUAGCCUGCAGUGGAUGCGUCACAAAUGAAGAGACCAAUUUUCUUAGAAACCAAAAUGCAGUCGAAAUUUUAAACCAAAUUAGGAAAAAAAAAAUUAACAUCAUUUCGUUGUCUCUGCAAAGCAUCACGGCUUUGUCUGUACAUUACAACUUACCCAUUCAGAGGACACAGAAGAAGUUGUGCUUUUUAUUAAAAUCGCUGGGCUUCGAUUAUGUGUAUGACUCCUCCCUCAGCGAGCUGAUAGCCCUGAAUGAGAGCAAGCGAGAGUUUAUCAGCCACUUUGUGGAGGCCACGAAAACAGCGCAGCAAAGCGGGCACUACCAAAACGGUGCCGAUGAUAUCUUGGGGGGUAAGAGGGACCACCGCCUGAAGUCCAAACGGGGAAGCAAAACUGAGCUGAGGGGGGGCAACCAUGCCGCUGCCUACACACGGGAGGGGAAGAGCUCCCUCCCCCUGAUUUGCUCCCACUGCAGUGGCACCGUUAUAUAUGGCGAGAAGAAUUUCGAUGAAGAAGAGAUAAACUCAUUUAGCAAGGUAAAGUCCAGUCAAGACAUCCAGGGAAUUAUCUUAAAAAUUCUACACCUCCAGAAGAGCGUGCAUGUGACUCUGCCCCUGCUGGAAAGCCCCCCCCCGCUGAGGAGCUUUUUCAAUUGGUACUGCACAUACGGGUUGGAGUUCUGGGCCGUUUGCAGGAAGCACCAUCGGAGGAACCACGGCCUUUUGCGACCGGGCCCAGUUGGCCAAGAAGGCAGCAAACGCGGCGGAAGAGGCGGAAGUAGCGGAAACGGUGUGACCGCCACCCCCCCAACGAUCUACGACAUCAACCACGUGUACCUGCUCUACUGCUUCGACAAAAAAUUGGAGGCGCACAGAAGUAACCUCCCCCAACAGAAUUCCCUAAACGAGAAUAUGCUUGCCUACCUGGCGCAUGUCUCUCCUCGGACGAUCGACCCGAUGAGGGACACACCGAACGCAGACCAACAGAAGAGGAACUUCCACUGCGUCGAUGCUGUGCUGACCACCGUGGAGCUCGUCGAGCUGAUAAACAACACGGAAAUUGAUUUUGCCUCUCUGCCGGAGAUGCCAAUUGACAGUGUGUACGACCUUUUGCGGGCCGCCAUGAGGGGGGUGCACGCAGAUAGGACGAAAAGAAACCCCCACGAAGCUGCCGCGGAGGAGACGCCGCCCACGACACACGUCGAACGAACUGCCCCCCCCAGCCUUCACGAACUGAGCGAAAUUUACGACCACCUUGCCGAAUACACACUUCGGUGCGGCAACAGAAAUAACAUUUCGAUGGGCUACGGGGAGGAGAUGUUCAAAUAUGUGUGCAGAGAGGUGUUCAAUUUUGAGGUGGACGAGAGGGAGUUCCACCUCCAGUACCACGACAUAGUGGUGUUGUCCCUGCUGCAGGGCAGCCACUGCGUUUUCCGGGUGAUCCUGUCCUACGGCUUUAAGAGCAUGUACAGCGUCGUCCGGAAGGUGAAGGAGGGCAAGAGCGGGCGCGCACCGGGGAGAAGCGAGGCCAACAAAUACGACGUGGAAAUUACCUACAAUCUGCACUUCACAGGAAGAAUCGACUACAUCGAAUUGAUGGCCUGCGAAAAGGGUUGCCUCUUCGGAUGCGCCCAGAACAUUUUUUCCGAACCUGUCCAUAGGCGCACCCCCUGCCUAUGCUACAACUCUCGCAUUUUUAAAAAAAUCGCUCAGCAGGAGGUUAUUGAAAAUUUCGACUUCCUCCGUUCAGAUGGAAGGAGCGAUGCGCAGGGGGGACAAGCGGGAGACGAAACGGGAGGCAUUCUGUGUGCCAGCGAAAAGCACACACGGUGUGAAGACCACAUGCAGGAUGCAGACGCCUCUUCGAUUAACCAAGGGGAGACACAAACAGGUUAUGAACUGUUUAAUCAGCCAAAAGUGGACACAGAAAAGUUGUUUCAAAAAAUGUAUGACACUAUGCAUAGUGACCAAUUCACGGUGUAUGUCAAUUCGAGCAAAUGCGAUGGGGAUAUAAGUGUCAACUCGUUUUUAAAAAACAUCGGCAAAUUUUUCAACACGGAAACGUUCCACAUUUUGGGGAGUUCCUUUUCGUCCAAGAAGAAGGUAGACAUUAUCAAUUGUACCCCCAUGAAGGAAGCUAACCAUAUGAAGGAAGCUAACCAUAUGAAGGAAGCUAACCAUAUGAAGACUGCUACCCACAUGAAGACUGCUACCCACAUGAAGACUGCUACCCACAUGAAGACUGCUACCCCCGUGAGGGCUUCUAACCCAGUGAUGGCUUCCACCCCCCUGCGCAGGCUGAACGACAUGCUCAAGUGCGACCCCGCGAAGAAACACAGGGGCAAAAGCAAAGCGCGCGAGCGGCACGCAGAGAGGGAAGUGAACGAGGAGUACCUGAGCAGAACAAAGCAGAUUGGCCGCAAGUACAUCCAACAGGUGAUGAGCGAGUGGGGCGCGGACGACAUUACAGAUAACUGGGAGGGUUUCCCCACAGGAGAAAUGCCAAAUGAAAUGAAGCCAUCCCCCAGUAUGCGGAACGAAAAAAAGGACAUCGAAUUUACGCCUAUGUCUAACGCAGAAAUAGACCCCGUGGCGUGCAAGGUGAAGGGAGGAAAUUUGUACGAAGGUACAGCGGGGGUACUCAACGAAGUGGUAAUCGAGACGGUCAGCAAAACGGGGGAAUGCAUCUACGUGGAGAAUUACACAUUUGAAGCGUACGUGAAGGAGAGGGAUAAGGUGGACCAGCUGAAUUACCAAAGGGAGCACACACAAGAGGAGGAAGAAGAAGAAGGAGGAGACAACCGAUGUGACUUGUACAUGCGAAAUGCUCUGUAUAACAAAUUCCAAAGGGAAAAACAUCAGACGGUAAUUAACUCGGAUCAUAAUAGGUACAAUAUUAAUGCCAACUUUUCGAAUUACAAACAUGUGGGGUGUGAAGAGGGGGAAGAAGCGCCUCUUUGGGGAGGCACAAAAGGGGAUGGGCCCCAUCUCAUUGGUGCUACUGAGGGGAAGGGGAGGCGAAGAGGCUCUCCUUGUCAUUCCCCUACUAGGUAUCGCGGUAGGGAGCAAAGGGGAAGACAAAACACACUCAUGGGAGGACCCCCCCCUCAUGAAAAGAACGCCAUAGAGAACCAAACAAUGAGAGAAGGAUACACGUUCGAGGCCGAGCUGUACGAUGGAGAAAAAAUGAAACUGGUGCAGAACAGCUUCAAGUGCAACGUUAGCGAUUUGAAAAAUGGGACCUACGUCGUGACGUAUAACUUGGGACGGUGCGGCUACUACUACCUGUCUCUAUUUUGCAAAAAAAAGAGCGUCGGGAAUUCCCCCUACCUCAUUUGCAUAAAGCCGAACGUGGCGUACGCCCCCAACUGUGUGGUGUACAAACGGGUGAGCGGUGGGAGGGUCUUCCCGGCGAUCAAACGGGGGGCAGGAAAAAGAGGCCGAAGGUUACCCCCGCGUGGGGGGUGCAGCCGCGUCUACAGCGAUUCCCUGCGCGCGACCUCGUUUGACUUGGCCCACUCCGAUUUGUGCGAAUCGAGCGGUGACAGCGGCGGUGAUAGCGGCGGUGGCAGCGGUAGUGAUAGCGAUAGCGGCGGCGGUUCCUCCUCGGAGGGGCUCCUGUCCGAGAGCGAGCGACCGCACCACUGGGGAGAAGGCGGAGGCGACCCCCCCAUGCACAUUUUGAAAUGCGACCCCGGCAGCGACGACGACACGCACAAGCAGUACGGUAACUUCUUCAUCCAAAGCUACGACGCCUACAGGAACGCCAUCCCCGAAGGAGGCGACUCGUUUGAAGCGCAUGGUCUCGGCGGAGUUCAAAUCGUUAGGGUGGAUGACCUGCACAAUGGCUCGUAUGAAGUUAUAUACACCUACAAAGGUGCAAGAAGUGUAGCAGGUGGAGGGGGAGGCGCCACCCCCUAUAGACAAAUAAACGUGACGCUAAACGGAAGGCACGUGAAGGGCUCCCCCUUUAUAAUUGUACACAAAAAGGACAAACAAAUGGGCUACUUACAAAGAAUAAAAAAUUUACUACCCAUAGAUGAAGUGAACCCAGUGGACCCUCUACACAGUCUGCACAGCGUAAUGAAGUCGUAUCUAUAUGUGAAGGAGACAUACCUGGAGGGGAGGAAAAAAAAAUAUUUUAUGCAACUGAGUCCGUACUAUGAAAAGGGAGAACUUAACAGAUUACUUCGCAAAGUAGAUCCCAAGCUGGUGUCCCUCAUGUCGAUCCCGUUGCAGCAGCAGCUGCUUACCCAUGUGAAGCUUCUGAAUAAUGAUAGUAAAAUUGCCAAGUUGAAGGAGGUCCUCUUUAAAGAGCUUCUAAUCACCCUGGGGAAGAUGGUCAGCUGCGCAAACAGCUACUUUGACGAUUUGGAGAAGGACAAAGCUAGUCUCCUGCAGGACAGACGCACACAAGAUGUGAGCAUCCGGGAAGCUAACGCCAUGUACCAAUCAUUAAAGGAAAAAACUAUCCACUCGUUGCCUUUUGACUUUUCCAUUAAGGAUAUGAAGCUGUAUGAACAGAAGUUGGCUCUUAAGAAGAAGGAGCUGCUGGAGAAGCAGACCGAGCUGGUAAACAGAUAUAACUCAAUCAAAUGCAAGGAGAAGAAAUUUUACCAGGACAGGGAGGAGAUCACUAACCAGCUGACGCAGAAGUAUGAAGUGCACCAGGCCAUCUACGAACAUUCGCAGAGGGCGCUGGUACACACCAACAGCGCUUUGAAGAAAAUCACCAUCGGCAAUAUUAAGCGGAACUGCUCCGCGGAGAGAGCUGUGCUGGGUGGGAAGGGGGGCCCCGACGAGGCCGCGGAGGGGUUGAAGCGGCUGCUAUAG